AUCUGACCAAUGCAGUGAGUGGAGUCCUCAUAAUUUCUCUGCUACAUUGAUUUCUUCGACACCAAUGUCAUGUCCACGAGCCCGAAAGGAAGUAUUUAGCGCACAAGAAAGAUCUCCCUCCAUCCAAGUCGCCAUAGCUUCAUCCUCUCAUCGCGUUUAAAGAGAAAGCUUUCGGAUUCAAAUUUUCAGAGAUCAUUUAUUACUCGCACAGCCGCCCAAACGACGCAAUCGACCCUCCGUAGUAGGGCAGCAUCAAUCGAGUCACGAAACGCAAUGUGUGCCGAUUUCACAGUGAUCCUCAACCACGAAAUGGAGCCAGUUUUGUCGGGGCGCCCCAUUGGUAUAGUAAAGCCAGAGAGAAAUCUCCAAGUGAACGUCGGAGACGGUUUCAGUGGUUCUCAAGGACCUCAAGGCAUCGUCCACAACAGCAACAUGUAUACGGCAUACAAUACAUCAGGCGGCCUACCGACGGUUGAGGAUAAAGCCCAUAGCAUGCUGCCUACCGCCCACACUGAUUCUCCUCGAGUCGUAAGACGAAAGGAAAUGACACGAGUGGCUUCAUCGAGCCGAUUGAUGGCAUCGAAGAUUCAGAAGAAAGCUCGUCUCCAGCCCCCCAGCGAAACGUUCUCACAGAGGCUGGGAAGUCAGAAUAGGGAGACACGAUACUGGUCAGUAGAGCCCUCGCCGGCUUGGUGUCGCAGAAUAUCCGAGCUCGAACUGCGCGUAGUUGAAUUGGAAAAGCUAGUCACUGUGAUGGCGAAAAGCAACAUUGAGUUGCUUGAACGUGCAGUAUGGGCCUCAAAUAAGAAACACGGCCACUCCAACGAUGUUUCCAAGAUAUCAAUAUCUCACAGACGCGAAGGAUCGCCCGAUUGCUUCAGUUCUUGACCGACUUAGGGCCGUCUUCACUCGAGUGCACUCUCUUAGAGCUACGAAGGCGAGCGUCGAUCUGAUGUCGGCCAUAUCCUCCAAUUAUGCCUAACGAAACAUCAAGGUUGUCCAAUGGACACAUCGUUGGUGUUGCCGAAUAUACGCUGAGCUGUUA